ACUUAUAUCACAAUCACAUGAUCUGAUUCAUAUGCAGCUCAUAUGGGCCGGUCCGAUCGUGACGGGCAUCUCUUUGGCCCGUCGACGUGUUGGUGGCGCUUUCUGAGCGAGUAUUCAGAUGCCAACAGAGAUCCACGACAGCGCACCCACCUGACCACACAAAACUUUUUGCGGUCUCAACCGCAGCCGUCAUGUGCUGCAUCUUGCCCAGAGAGUCUUUGUCUGUCGUGUGCUUACCCGAUCUUCAUAUCCGUCCCAUUCCUCACCGUGUCCGACCCCUGGGUAUAAUGCUCUACGGGUCGAACUGAAAGUCUUGCUCUACCAAAAAAUCCAUCUUUUGUGAUGGUAUCAAGUUGCGCGAUGACUGGCUAUCGAGGGGCUCUUGACCUCUCCAAUGAGUUGCUGCACGACAUUCUGGAUCUCAUAGCCGCCGACCCAGAAAGGCUUGUGAGUGUCGACAAGCGAGCAUACCUCUCUCAAGAAAGCUUCAGACCUGAACCACUGCCGUCUCAAGAUCAAGUCGUGAACAUUGGCAAAUUCAGGUUGCUCUGUCGAAGAUUUGCUGCUCUUGGUGCUUCCCACCAAUUUGCGCGCGUCACGACGAGGUUUUCAACCAAGGGGCUUGCGAGGUUGGAGGCCAUUGCCGAUCAACCGCACCUGGCGAAACAUGUCAAAAAGUUCAGCUACAAGGUGCCAUACUUCUGCACCCAAGGUCGAGAAAGCAUACAAUCACUGGAUCCUGAGAUACAACAAUCUAUUGGCAGAACGAAUGUAGAAAAAUUUCGCUGCAAGAUAUACGAGCAGCAGAAAAUUGUCAAGAGCGAAAGAGAUGCCAGAGUGUUGAAAAAAGCUAUGAUGGCAUUCACUGCCCUCCAGCACGUCCAGAUCCUACGAGUUCAGGAUCAGGAAGACGAAAGACUACUGACCUAUAUCCGCCACAAUCAAGACAUCGUCCCAUUCGUAGAGCUGAAAUGGGCGCCUGCUUGUGCACACAGCGCCAGAACGAUAGGCAACGCUCUUCUGGACGCUCGGUCACCAUGUUCACGCUUCUCUUCCCCAAUGCUAAGCCCACAAAGCGCCCUGGUGCUCGCGGAAAGUCCCACUGGCUCCUUCUCAACGCUAGCAGAAAGGCUUACCUGCUUGGAAUUGCAUUUUGAUGACGGUUACUUCGACGACGGCACUGAUCUCGAAGUCCGCAUGUUUGAACUCUCCCACCUCUUCAAAACCGUCUUCAUAGCAGCAGUGAACAUGGAAGCGAUACAUGUCGGAUUUCCUUCACACCGACCGAUUGGCCUCCCGCUAGAAACCAUUUUCCACCAUGUGCGCUGGAGCAAAUUAGUAGCCUUUGGUAUCCAAGGCUGGCGCCUCCACGCUGACGAGAUCAUCGGAUUUGCUCAACGACAUCGUGAUAGAUUACGAGGACUACGAUUAAGAGACGUUAUAAUCCGCGAAGGCAGCAUGUGGAAAACCGUUCUCUCCUUCUUCCACACCGAAAUGCAAAGACUUGAUUGGGUGAGUCUACGCCGAAUAGACUAUGCUUCUCACUUUGAUGAGCUCUGGGAAAAUGCAGGAAUCGAACUGCCUGAUGACCCUCCCGGUGGUUUAAGCGAUAGUGACGAUGAAGAUCUGGAUGAUGCUUAUUGGAACGAAGCCGAACAACAAGAUGAAGUAGAUCGCGAAAUACCGGAUUGGGACAGUGUCAACAUGUCUGAUUCUGACCACGUAGGUUCUGAUGACGAUGAACGUGGGAGAGCAGCUCAUGAGAUGGAUUUCCCGCCCCUUAAAUCGCCGGAUACGCCAAAUUCAGUACCCUGGUGCAACUGCAGUGCGCGAGCCUUUCCGCGUGGUGUUGAUGAUUUGGGCGAUGAUGGUAUCUCAGUCGAUAACAGGAAGUGGAAGAUGUGGGAAAAAUGGGUCUUGGGCAGAUGUCCAGAGCAUGACCCAAGAUGAUGAGCUUGAAACGGAUUCUCUCGGGAUGUAGCAUGCAUGCAUUUCGGCUGAUUUUGAGCACAUUCUUUCUCACUCGGUCAAGAAGGCGUAUAAUGUAGCAAUAGUUCGCAUGUACGUGGUCACUCACAGACUUUACACCGCCGUAGAGCU